AAAUAUUAUUUUUUCUAUUUUUUCAGAUCAAUAAACAUGAAAUUUUUAAUUGUCUUCGCUUUAUGCGCCGCCACGGCUUCUGCCCUCUUCGAAAUACCUGACCUGGUUGCUCAAGAGGCUGCUGAAAUUCAACAGAUCUUAGACGUCAUCAACAACCCCAGCACUGACCCCGCCACCGCCGCUGCUCUCGAACAAUUGCUUGUUGACGUACUCGGCACUAAGCCCGAACCUAUCGAUGUCGGACCUGCCAUCGUUGAGGAUGACUACGAAUCCAUCUCUGUUGGACCUGCCAUCGUCGAUCAAAUUGUGUCCUCCCCCGAGAGCUCUCCUCUCGUCCAAAUCAUCAUUAACAUCAAGCCCGGUUCUGGCAAUCCCGUGGUUGUUGAAGAUUUCCCCGAGGUCGAGCCCACCCCCGUGAUCGUCGUAGAGGAACCCGAGAUUGAGCCCACCCCCGUGAUCGUCGUAGAGGAACCCGAGAUUGAGCCCACCCCCGUGAUCGUCGUAGAGGAACCCGAGAUUGAGCCCACCCCCGUGAUCAUCGUAGAGAAACCCGAGAUUGAGCCCACCCCAGUGAUCGUCCAGGAGAACCCUGUGGCUCCCGAACCCGUUAUUGUUGCUCCCGUGAUCAUUCCCGAACCUGUCAUUACUCUCCCUAUCCUCAACUAAGUAAAUAAUUACUAAUUAUCGAUUUGACAAAAUAAAUUAAAGCAUAAUAA